CACCUGGAGCCAAUCCGGACUCACCUGGUGACGUCACCCGCCCCCUCCAACCCACCUGGCCCCGCCCCUGACACACCUGGUGAUGUCACCACACCUUCAAGCCCCGCCCACAGCUCACCUGGAGCUGGCUCUAACCCACCCGGUGACGUCACCGCCCCCUCCAACCCCACCCAGGCCACACCUGGCGACGUCACCACCCCCCCUGGCCCCGCCCCCGCCGUCGCAGGCCCCUCCCCCCGGGCGGCCCCGCCCUUCCCGUGCCCCAGCUGCCCCCGCUCGUUCCCCUCCCCCGCCCGGCUGGCCGUGCACCUGCGCUCGCACACAGGUGAGCGCCCCCUCACCUGCCCCCAGUGCCCCAAGGCCUUCGCCGACCCCUCCGUGUUCCGCAAGCACCUGCGGGGCCACGCGGGGCUGCGGCCACACACCUGCGGCACCUGCCCCAAGGCCUACGCCGAGCGCAAGGACCUGCGCAACCACCUGAGGGCGCACACGGGUGAGUGACACACCUGGGGCACACCUGGGGUACACAUGGGACAUGUUAGACACACCUGGGAUACACCUGAGAUACACCUGGGGGGGUAAAAACACACCUGGGCACACCUGGGACACACCUGCGGCACCUGCCCCAAGGCCUACGCCGAGCGCAAGGACCUGCGCAACCACCUGAGGGCGCACACGGGUGAGUGACACACCUGGGGCACACCUGGGGCACACCUGGGGACACCUGGGGGGGUAAAAACACACCUGGGAUACACCU